AUGGUGAUGGCGUGGAAAUGGAUCGUUCGAAGAACUCGCGAAUCGAAACCCUUUUUCUUUGCAUUCGCCACCAUAUGCGGCGUCGUUCCGGGAGUUAUCGGCUACGGUGUGAUGCAGGUCACCAAUACCCGCAGCGAUCAACUCGAAUCACAACUCCGUUCUAAGGCUCGCCCUGAAUCACUGAUGAUGGGGCAAGUGAAUAAAGAGAGACUGGCAGAAUACCUUGGAGAGCUGCAGCGAAAGGAGAAUACCAAUGAUCGCUAUGUUGCUGCUCUAAGAGGAGAAACUCUAACAAGAAAACCUUAUGUCAGAAUUCAACCAAUUCCAGACCAAACUGGCAAGGAGCAGAAAAAUUGA